AUUGAGGUUCGUAAUCUACUUUUUAAUUGGAUUUAAAGAAGAUAGUGAUAUCUUUAUGUGCCAGUGUAAGGCACAGUGCUACCCUGGCACUGUGCCUGGCUCAAAUAAAUAGCAGGCCCUUUGAUUGGGUAUAAAGCGCAGUUGUAGCGUGAAGUUGCCCACACUCCUCAAUAAUCAGAAUCCAUCCAUCAUGAUAAAGCUUCUUUUCUCCACUGUUAAUAUAUCUUGUGCACACAGUUGUCUCUUUACUAUGGCCCUUUAUUGUAUGGGAUGAAGCAGCCUAUUAAUGCCCUGGCUAUUUUCUUUACUACAUCCUGUGGAUGCAGUGCUGCUGACUGUAUCUACAAUCUCAGGAACAUCGCAACAUAGGCAGGUUGCUUGUAUCUACAAUUCUGGACAAUAAAAUGCAAGCAGCAACUAGCUUGGACUCGGAGAACAAGAGAACGGCCCACUUCAAAUCGUCAUGGCAACAGCAUGUAAAUGUGUUCAGCUCUUCGAGUAGGCCAGCGUGUGUGGAAGAGCUACAUCAGGAAGCCCAACUCAACCUGCAGAGCUUGCUGCAAGAUGACUAUGAAGAGCAGCAUUUGGACAGUAGAGUAGCAGGGCAGACUUUCCGCUACAGUUCGUCUCUCCACUCAGGGGACACUCCGGACCUCCUACACAGGCAGAUCGCCAGCAAGAGGACCGACUUUGUCUUUCUGCCAGCGACGAAACAGGUGUGUGAGGAUGAGACGACCACUGUAGGUAUUCGACUACAGGACCCACCUCUGAACUUACCCAACUAUCCAGAAAAAAAUACCAGCUGGAAUAAAGCAUUCCUGCUGCCAACGCCAGAGAAAACGAGGUGGCGCCUGGGGCGAUCGGUUCAGGCUCAUGUUAUCCCUAUCAAUGUUUCUGGACAGACCCUUGAUAAACAUGCCAGUUUGCACCAAUCCCUUUUUAACGCUGAGACAGCAGUGAACCCAAAGUCGACCCUGAGAAGGAGAAGAACCAUAAUUGGCAUGCCUGAGCUCUCCCUGGAGGACCAAGAUGAUAAUCAUUUAGAUGAUGAACAAUCUGCCAGUAUCAACCUUACUCAAGGAUCCUACUCUCCAGAAGGGACACGUGGCACACAUUCUGCAGCUGCUGUAGAUUCAGCUAAUCACUUUUCACUAUUAAGAAAAACCUACAGUGAUCUGGACCAGAUCUUGUCUCAGUCUCCUGGUAAUUCAAGCAGGAUGGAUCACACUGCCAUGAUGUGUGCCAGUCCUCCAUGGAAUGGACCAAAGGAUUCUACAUUCUCUCCCUCGUGGAAUAACUCCUUUAGUUACAUGCUGCCAGCAAGUCCGGUAGCAAGGCAGCCUUGCCAGUCUGAGAACUUUCUCAAAUGCACUUCCCAAGGCAACUCAGGACUUUCAUUGAGUUCAGGAUCGCAUUCAAAUUCCUUCACAUCUGUUUCUGUGGAACCAACAGUGAGAACUCACAAUGUGAGUGGAAAAAAUGAAAUAGAAGCAACAACAGUAAGCCCAGGUCAUGGGACGCAAACUCAGGCAGACGCCUUCAAGUUUCGGGAAAGAUCUUUAUCAACCCCUACAGAUUCAGGCUCUUUUUGUUCAGCAGAAAACAUCUGCUUUGACCACAGGAAGGAGAGCGACAAUUACGCCAUGAACUAUCCCAGUGCGAGCUCUGAGGACAGUGCAAGCGCCGACAAUGUGUCCAUUACAGCUGGCCAAAAUGGUCGCCCAAGGCAAAGGUCAAGGAGUAUUUCACUCAAGAAGCCAAAGAAGAAGCCUGACCCACCUGUGCGGAACAUCUCUUUGAAGAAAGAUGAAGGGGUGCAGAAAGCAGAGGUCAUUGCCUUGACCAAAAGUGAGAGGCCAAAGAGCCUUUUCGUUCCCAGAAACCAGAAUAUCAUACAGAACUCAUUCCUGUCAGGGCCCGGUAACGUCAAUUCCAAGGUACACGGAGAUGAAAGAGGACUGCAGAUCUUGAUAACAGAAACACCGUCCAUAGGAAGAGAGGGUGAUACACAUUACCCUAACCACUGGUACCUGAAUGACUGGAAGUCUAAUGAUCCAUAUAGGUCACUGUCCAACUCCAGCACUGCCACAGGUACAACUGUAAUUGAGUGCAUGAAAGUAUGUGGCAGCUCUGAUUCCCUCACUUCUCUGACCACCUCUCGAGCUACCUCCCCUUCCCAGCUAUCUGUGGAAGCUGAAUCCAAAAUCUCUCCUUUGAAGCCUCCAGGUUUCAUGUCCCCCUCAAGUGGAUAUUCUAGCCAAUCUGAAACGCCAACCCCAACCAUUCCAACAUCGUUGAUCACCGGCCCUUCCCCACAAGGCUGUAGAAUGAGGCCCAAGGUCCCCGUAAGGAAAUCCUCACUUCCAGCUGUUUCGCCAAGAGAGAAGAGCCCUCGUUCAAGGCUGUCCUUUGAGCUGCCAAUUACACCACCCUCUCACUUGGAUCUCUCAGGGAUUACAGUGUUCAACAGAAGCAAACCCAAAGCUAGUAGACGCCAUUCAGAUUCCUUCACAAAUGGUAAACCUCUACAGAAGCUUAGCCCCAACCAAGCAGCACUGCCCAUAGUGACCCAGUCAGAUCUGAGAUCUAUUCGUCUACGUUCAGUCAGCAAGUCUGAACCAGAAGAUAAUGCGGAUGGUUCUUCUGAUAUCAUAGAAGAAAAACAAAGCAGCGAGACAUUUGUAACACCACAGAAGAAAGUCAAGCCACCUGUCGCAGAGAAGCCACCUCUGCCCAAAAGGCCUGGGAAUCUGAUGCUAAAAUUCGCCUCAGCCUUCCAUCUUGCUUUGGAAUCUCCACCACUGUCUCCAAAAGAGAAGGGGUCACCUGCAGACAAUGUUUACACAGUCAUCGAAAAGCCUCAAAACAGAAAGCCCCAAGCAAUGGAAAGUCCAAGCAAUGUUCACGUGUCUCCUCCCCAGCAGAUAACCGAUCUUGAUAGAGUUAUGGACUCUGUAAAACAUCUCUCUCAGGGCAGUCAAGAGGGAGAUGACCAGAGUAAAACCCUGCCUAACAGAAUAACUGUCCAAAGUCUGGCUGAUAUGGAGAAGAAGAGAAGCAAGAUACCUCCACCAGUUCCCAAGAAGCCCAAUAUAUUACUCUUGCCAACCAAUUCAGUUAAUGCCAAUGGGGCAACAGACAGGCCUGUUAUCACAUUGAAUACCAGUCACAACAGCAACACAGGAUCACCAAUAGCUGAAGUUGUUCCUAGACAUGCAGAAAACCAGGUCAAACUCAUUGCACUUAGCAUCACAGAAUGCACCCAAGAUCCAGAGGUUGAAACUUCCGUUACUGGUACUCCUACAGGCAGGAGUAUUGAAGACACCAGCCCUGAUAAAACUCCAUUAAGUAUUACUGAGGAAGAAGAUGAUGUAUUUGUUCAAACAACAACAACCCAUAGUACUGAGGACCUUUUCACUCUCAUUCACAGGUCAAAAAGGAAAGUUCUUGGAAGGGUAGAACCGAGGGACACUUUUGGCAGCAGACAAAGCUUGGUUUCUCCAAUCAAGAGCAACUUCCCAGCCACCUCCACUGCUGAGCAAAAGGCAGCAUCUCCGGUCAGCAGCAGUAGCAUGCCGAGGUCAAGAUCCAGGAACGAGAACUUCAUUGCCCUGCUUCAGAAGAAAGGCAGCAGGCCCAGCCCAGGAACAAGAGUGUCUGCCAUGGAGCUUCUCAAGAGCACCAACCCACUGGCUCGCAGGGUCACUGAGUUUUCACAAGCAGAGUUUGAACCAACAAAAAAUUCCAAGUAAUUCGAACCACUGCCCCAGACUAUAUCCAUAGCAUUAAAAAAAGCACUUUGAUCCAAUGUUGACCAGUAGAAUUUUUUAAAGACCAGAGCAAUUAAGAAAAAAGAACCCUCUGGUCAGUACUGUACAUAUCUUCAAAUUAUGUUGAUUACAAGUAAGCUUUUUUAUCUAAAGUUUUUUUAUGGCUUCCUGAGAGAUAUGGAUUGGAGAUUAAGUAACAUGGCAGUUUGUAGUCAAAAGGCUGUUUACAAAUUGCAAUGUAAAACAGCUAAAACAGCUACCCUGGACAAGAGCUCCACACUGCCUAUACUCUAUAAUACAACAAUCAGAGAGAUGAUUUGCAUCUACUCAUCACUUACACAGCAAUGAAAGCGGGAACAGUGAAAAGUAAUACAAAGUAAGAACAUAUUUUGAAGCAAUGGUUAUCACUGCUUUAAUACUGAUACACCAGUGGGUUCAUCUUUAGCCAUUCAGCCGUUCUUAAUUAAACUGUUAUGAACAGAAUAGAAUGUAGGUCUUCAAAAGGAUAGUAGUCUUUCAGCACAAAAGAAAAAAUGAAUGGAGACUGUCGUAUUCUUCCCACCAAGUUUAAUCCACAUUCCUUGGAAGGUUCAUAAAAAGACUUUGAAGAAGUUCUACACCUCGCUGUUGGUGGCUUUUUAAAUUCUUUUACAGAUACAACACAACACCAAUGGAUUGUGCUGUAGAAGGCAUUACCAAGUACUCAAAAGAAGCUCCUCAUUCAAUCAUAAAUCUGUCUAACGCAUUUCAGUUCUUUAAAAUUGUAUCAGAUUGAUAACCUUUGCUGGGUUUCUUUACAAAAAUGAAACAUCUAAUCAAGAUAUCUAAAAGGCACCUUUUUAAAGAAAAGACUUUUCUAUUUACAUAUUAAAAAUGUCCCUACCUUAGAAGGUAUUUUUAGUUUGGAUUUUGUCAACUGUUCAGGUAUGCAGUGAUCAAAAUGUGAAGCUUGCUGUGUUACAUAGUUAGUGAAUGACUAAAUGUGUUUGUUUGCCUUGUACUUUAAAGUGGUGCCUCUGUUGUUUCAAUGCUUUGUAUACAGAGAGCAAUGUUUAUCAGUUUACUACUACGUGUGAUGACUAUAUGAAUACAUGAAUUACAUGUAAUUACAUCCAAUGUCCAGCAGGGGGCAUGCCUUCACCCAUCAUUACCACUGUAUGGAACUCUGGGAAGGUCAUGUCCAUACAUAAUAUACCUGAUUCAGAGGCCAAUGAGCAGACAGACAUGCCUGUUAUACUACUUCACUCAGUCAGCUACAUACUCCACUACCUAACAGACCACAAGCAACACCAGUAUAAAGGGUUGUGUGAGCCACCAAGCAGCUACAUGUCUGUGUGAUGGUAUUACAUCAUUCAAAAACCUUUCAUUUCCAGAGUCAGUAAACUGACUACUUCUGUCUGAGCUAAAGCUGAUUUAUAACACACCCUCCUGAAUAUUUAAAUACAAACUUUCAUGAACAAGUACUAACAAGGCAAAGGUUCAGAUGCUCUGAUGUUGUCUCUUGGGGACCAUGGUCUUGCUGGUUACAGCUGUAGCUACCCAUAAUGUAACUAUGGAAUGCAAUUUUAUUCUUAGCCUUUGCUUUUUGUUUUUAAGUGAAUACACUGUUAUUAGUCCGCAGUGCUGUGUAAUGUUGAUUUACUGUCUACUCUAGAUUACCCUUUUAUUUCUUAUAAUACUGCCAUCUUGCAGGAUUUGGAGACAUUUUAAAUCUAGAUUAAUUUCUGAAUAACAUCCAAAACUACACAUUUGUCAUUCAGCACUGCCAUAGCUAAAGGUACAGAUGAAUACAUCGGGACUGUAGUCUCAUUCAGCCAUAAUACCGGUUUAACUCAGUAACUGUAAAUUCAAAGUAUUUUUAAAAAUCUCUAUGUGGUUGAAGUAUAACAGUUGCUGUGUCCUACAGUGAUACCAAAAUCUACCUUGGAACACAUAAAAUCUGCAAGGUUGUCUCUCAGCAUAACAAAACACUGUGUGCUAUCUGAUAAUAUUAUGGAUAAGUAGCAGGCAAACCAGUGUGGCAGUAUGUCCAGCACUGGAAUUAGCAGACAUUUUAGAAGCAUCUCACACCUUAUUGUGAAAACGCAAACCUUUCUGCAAGUACAUAUUUUAUUUCCAAUUUAAAAAAAAAAGUACAAUAUUAAUAAUUAACUAUUACAAAAUCAGUUGUUCUACAUUUUGUAGAACUCUGACAGAUUCACAGGAUUGUAAAAUAAAAGAACUGAUACAAGAACAAAAACAAUUUUAUAUUUGUAUUUUUGAAUAUAUUUAAAAAGACUUUUAUAUUUGUGUCCCUCAAUUUUAUUUUAAAAAGUACAUUUUUAAAUUAAGAAAUGUCUAUAUUCACAAAGCAUAAAUAAACUGGUGAAUACAAGGUCUGAAAUGCACUUCCCAGUACACUAAAGCACCAGGAAUAUGCUGCUUUAUUGUUGUACUUAUAUUAAAAAAAAAAUUUAAUAAGUACAACAAUAAAGCAGCUUUCUUACAGACAGACCGGUUAGCUUGAGAAUCUGUUUUCAUACUCAGCUGUAGUUUCAAAGUGGAUAGCUAGCUACAAAAGUAUUACAGGAAAAAAAAAAAAAAAAAAAAAAAAAAAAAAACU